AGUUUUCGGUCCCAUUCUUUUUCCGACUUUUCGGCUCCUCGUCGCCGUGUCUCCGGGGAAUGGACACACUUCGAAAUUCCGCAUCUUUAGCAAACGCGGACGUUUUGGAGCUCAAAAUAUACCUCAGCAAGUAAGUGUGGGGUUGCAGUUUCCUGCUUUUCUUCUUCGGUAUUUGCAGUGAACUUAACACUGUCAAUUUAUCAAACGCAUUACUAUCCCACACAUUACUGUUCUGAUGGUAGCAUGCUGUCGUCGGUCUCUGAACUUGUCAAGCUCGGGUUCUUAUGGUGACACUUCCACAGCUCUAUUCUGGUCUAUACUGUAGAGUCAGUUGACGCUGUAUAAUGGAAAAUUAGAUGAUGCUGUUGAGUGGAUUCUCUGCAUUAGAAAUUUUUUUAAAAUAGUUCUGGCCCUUUGUUGUCCAUGUGGUAGUUGGUUAAUGCCAAAUGUGAACUUACACUCAGAAAACAGAAUUUGCUCAAAUUUCCUGUACGUUUUAUUUUCUCUUAUCCUCCCUCCCUCUCACUUUGUGUUUUUGGCAAGAUUUUCUCAUAGACAUGCCAUCAUGGUGGGGAAAGUCUUCCUCCAAAGAGGGGAAGAAGAAAGAAAAUAAGGAAAGUAUUAUUUAUACAAUACAGCGCAAGUUAAAAAGCACUUCGGAAGACAAGUGCAACAGUGGAUUGGGAGGAUCUAGGAGACAUACUGUCUCAAAUAAGAGAUCUCAAUCUCCUGUGUUUUCAGGAUCAGCAUCUCCCUCGACACAUGUAUCCCGAUGUCAAAGUUUUGCAGAAAGGCCUCAUGCCCAAGCACUCCCAUUACCUGGGCCGAAACCUUCUACCAUCUGUCGUACAAACUCUGCAAUUAGUGUAGCAUCAAAAUCAGAAAAUGCUAGAGAUUCUAAGCCAUCUCAGCAUUUUUCCCUACCGAAACCUGGAUGUGCUUCUAACCAGAGAGAACCUACUAACGCUGAGGAAGAUAUUGCCACUGCAUCCAUUUCCAGUGACACCUCUAAUGACAGUGACUGCCCAUCCAAUUCACGUCACCUUAGUUCUCUGGCAUUUGCCUGUGCAAAUUUAAGAAGAAUCACUGUUAACAGUUCCUUCUGCAUGGUGCACGAGGAUCAAUCAUCUGUGACUCUCCCAAAGAACACAAGAGCCUUAUCAGAACCAGUUUCCCAACUGUGCAAUAAUCAGUCUUUGUCUACCUCACCUAAAGGGGGGGCUUUGCAUCUGAAGAAUCUGCAAAUGGUUCACCCAGCUGGUUUAUGCAGUGCUCCUGAUAGUUCAUUGUCAAGUCCUUGUAGAAGUCCAAUGAGAGCACUUGGUCCUGAGCAAGAUUUAAAUGCUGUAUUCUGGACAGGAAAGCCUUAUUCCAAUGUUACUUCUGGACACUGUUCAAGUUCCGGCUCAGGUCAUAAUUCUGGGCAUAACUCUGUUGUUGAUCUGUUGGGACAGAUAUGUGGUCCACAGAGCAGGGGCAGCGCUGAGUUCUCUCCAAUACCUAGUCCCAGAAUGACAAGCCCUGGUCCCAGCUCAAGGAUACACAGUGGUACUGUCACCCCUCUGCAUCCACGAGCAAGAAGCACUGCAUCGGAGUCACCUAAAAUACAUCCUGACGAUGGGAAACAACAAAGUCAUCGGUUACCUCUUCCUCCAAUAGCAAUCAAUAAUUCUUGCCCUUUUUCUCCAGCCUAUUCUGCAGCCACAACUCCUUCUGCGCCACGUAGUCCUAGCAGAGCUGAAAAUCUAACGAGCCCUGGUUCACGCUGGAAAAAGGGGCAGCUGCUUGGAAGGGGAACAUUUGGCCAUGUAUAUCUUGGCUUUAACAGUGAAAGUGGUGAGAUGUGUGCAAUGAAGGAGGUAAUACUCCUUUCAGAUGACGCAAAAUCAAGGGAAUGCGCACAGCAACUAUGUCAAGAAAUUACACUGCUAAGUUGCUUGUGGCAUCCAAAUAUAGUUCAAUAUUAUGGAUCUGAGACGGUAGACGACAAACUUUAUAUAUACUUGGAGUAUGUCUCUGGUGGGUCUAUCUAUAAACUUCUUCAAGAAUAUGGCAAGUUUGGUGAAAAUGCUAUUCGUAAUUUUACUCGGCAAAUUCUGUCAGGUCUUGCAUAUUUACAUGCUAAGAACACGGUCCAUAGGGACAUAAAAGGAGCAAAUAUAUUGGUGGAUCCCAAUGGACGGGUAAAAUUGGCAGAUUUUGGAAUGGCAAAACAUAUGAAUGGGCAAUCUUGUCCAUUAUCUUUCAAAGGAAGUCCUUACUGGAUGGCACCUGAGGUUAUAAAAAAUUCAAAUGGCUGUAAUCUCGCUGUUGAUAUAUGGAGCCUUGGCUGCACUGUUUUGGAGAUGGCUACUACAAAGCCACCUUGGAGCCAGUAUGAAGGGAUUGCUGCCAUGUUUAAGAUUGGGAACAGCAAGGAACUUCCUACAAUUCCAAAUCAUUUAUCAGAAGAUGGAAAAGAAUUUGUCAGGCUCUGUUUGCAGAGGAACCCACUAAAUCGACCGUCAGCUGCUCAACUUCUGGAGCAUCCAUUUAUUAAAAAUUCUACGAUGGAGAGACCCAGUCCGGCUGCUGAUCAUUCAGAGCUAUCUGCUUUUACAAAUGCAGUGAGAUCUCUGGCCAUUGGAACUGCAAAACAAGAGUCAUGCAUAGACUCAGAAGGGGCUGGUAUCUAUCCAUCUAGAAGCUUGAAACUUGGUUCAAAUUUGAGUAAUACCCAUGGAUCAAGGAACAUAUCAUGCCCUGUUUCUCCCAUUGGAAGCCCACAUUUGCCAUCGAGAUUGUUGCACGCCAGCGGAAGGACAUCUCCCUCCCCAAUAUCAAGUCCUCAUACUGCAUCUGGUUCAUCCACCCCAGUGACAGGCGGUAGUGGUGCGAUCCCAUUCCACCAAGCAAAGCAGCCAACUUUUGCACAUGAAGGUGUUGAUAAGAUCCAGAGGUCUCAAAUCAGUUAUAAGUACGACGCAAAGCAUGACCCGUCUUGGGGGAUUCCACAAACUACUCACGCCUCCCAGCAUACAAUGUCAUUCGAUACUGGUGCUUUGGCAAACCAGAUCUGGAGGCCUGUUCAGCAAGACCCAAGAGAGUUUUAUAGCGGUGAUAAGUCAUGCUUGGCUGAUUGCGUUUCACAGCAGCUGUUAAGAGAUCAUACCAGGCUUAACUCAUCCAUAAAUCCCAAGCCCAGCACCCUAAUGCAUGGCUUCAUAAGUGGUCCGUGGCCUGUAUCUCAAUGAUAAUCUGGAUAUGGCCUGAGCUAAUACUAGGAUGCUCUUCUUGUGGUCAGAGAUUUUAUAGUCAAAUUUUCAUUUUUGCUUAGCAUUUUGGUUAUCGUGAUCUGCCUUGGCACAUGGUCGUGAGUCGCCUUCAAAGUGUUCCUCGGAUUCACGAGCCGUUCUCCAGUGCUGUGAAGUUCUCAAUUUUACCGAGGAUCUGUCUUUGGAGAUGCCAGCAUGCCGCAGUCGGCUUUAGUCCUGCGAGGGGGUACCCAAAAAAAAAAAAAAAAGAUCUUUAUAAAGGAAUGUAAAGCUGGUGCUGUCACUGUCUGAAUUGUAUUUAUUAUGCUUGGUGAAAACGCAAAUGGUGUUGGCACCGAAAGAAUUAAAAUGAAAAACAGAGAGUAAAAGAAGAAUUGGACAGUAUUCUGUACAGAUGCUUUGGUAUCCAAAUACAAUCGUAGAAUUAACCUCGGGUU